GUCUUGUGGCAAAUCCUGGCUGAUGGUCACCCCACCAUUUUCAGAUGAUGCUGUUGAUGAAAAGCAACCAGAUGCUGACGGACGUGAAGUUGGAGGUCGGCAGAGAAAUCUUCCAUGGUCACAAAAUUGUCCUAGCCGCCGCUAGUCCUUAUUUCAAGGCAAUGUUUACCGGCGGACUGAGGGAGUGUGAGAUGGACACUGUGAAGCUGCAAGGAGUAUGUCCGACAGUCCUGGCUCACCUCCUGUGCUUUAUGUAUACUGGUGAGAUCGUCAUUAAUGAGAUGCUUGUCUGCCAGCUUCUACCCGCAGCAACCAUGCUACAGAUGAGUCAUGUCAUUGACGCUUGCUGUACUUUCCUAGAGCAGCAGCUUGAGGCAGGGAAUGCCAUAGGUAUAGCCAGCUUUGCCCAACAACAUGGCUGCAUGGACUUGUACCGCAAAGCCAAUACCUUCAUUGAGCAGCAUUUUUCUGAGGUAUCCAUGGAAGAUGAAUUUUUGCAGUUAUCAGACUGUGAAUUAGUUCACCUAAUUCAAAGGGAUGAAUUGAAUGUACCUGAUGAAAAGGAUGUAUAUAACGCAGUGCUGAAGUGGGUGAGGCAUGAUGAAGAGACACGGCAACCAAAAAUGGAGCAGAUCUUGCAGGCUGUCAGAUGUCAGUAUUUAUCACCGCGAUUCUUGACGGAGCAAAUGAAAAACUGCAGGCUUUUGAAGAAGGCUCCGGCAUGCAGGGAAUAUCUUGCGAAAAUCUUUAAGGAUUUAACAUUGCACAAGCCUCCCUGCCAAAAGGAACGAACGCCGAAUGCUCCCUGUGUCAUCUACAUUGUAGGAGGGUACUCCAACCAGCAGUCAUUGGAUACUUUAGAAUGUUAUGAUGUUGAGGACCAUCAGUGGACACAGCUCUCGAGACUUCCAGUUGCAAGGUCAGGUCUUGGUGCAGCCUAUUUAAGAGGAAUCUUCUAUGCGGUGGGAGGGAGAAACAUUCUCCCAAACGGAAACUAUCAUGACAGCAACUGGGUGGACUCCUUUAACCCCAUUAGCAACUGUUGGAGGCAGAUGUCUCGCAUGCACACGCCACGAAACAGAUUAGGGGUGGCAGUGCUGGAUGGACAACUGUACGCUGUUGGUGGAUCAAAUGGUGCACGAUUUCACAGUAGUGUUGAAAAGUAUGACCCUGAUGACAACACUUGGGCUUUAGUGCGACCCAUGUCAAAGGCGCGGAUGGGUGUUGGUGUAGCAGUGGUGAAUAGAUUAAUGUAUGCUGUAGGUGGCUAUGAUGGGGAACAUCGUUUGAAUUCUGUGGAGUGUUAUCAUCCAGAAAAUAACCAGUGGACUUUUGUGUCAUCCAUGAAAAUACCCCGAAGUGGUGCUGGUGUGUGUUCUCUUAGAAACUGUAUAUAUGUGAUAGGAGGCUAUGAUGGACGCCAUCAGCUAUGUUCUGUGGAGAAGUAUGAUACUGAAACAGAUGUAUGGUCAUCUGUAGCAUCUAUCAAGAUUCCAAGAUCGGCUAUGACUGUGUCAGUUUGGGAUGGUAAAAUAUUUGUUAUGGGUGGCUAUGAUGGCAGCCAGUUCCUGUCAUCGGUGGAAGUUUAUGACUAUCAUCGCAACGAGUGGUCGGAGUGCAAACCUUUACCGUGGGGCAGAUCUGGCCAUGCAUCAGCGUCAUCCUUUCAUCCAUGCCUCUUGCACUGCGACACGAGAUAGCACUGAUUCUUUUUGUGUGUGUGUAUGUGUGUAUGUAUGUGUAGAGACCGGGAAAUACUGGCAGACACUUGUGGAUUAUCUGGAACACUCUUUGAUGGGAUUUGUCUUCAAGGCUGUGGAUGCAUGUAAGGGUGGAUGUUCAGCAACUGGAAUUUGAUGUAAUUUAUUAUAAUUAUAAUUAUCUUGAUCUUGAUUAUUAGUUUUUUUAUUAUAUUAAUUUAUCAUCAUCAUCAUCAUCAUCAUCAUCAUCAUCAUCAUCAUCAUCAUCAUCAUCAUCAUCAUCAUCAUCAUCAUCAUCAUCAUCAUCAUCAUCAUCAUCAUCAUCAUCAUCAUCAUCAUCAUCAUCAUCAUCAUCAUCAUCAUCAUCAUCAUCUGGUUUUGUCAUUAUUUUUAUUGACUUCAUUGCUCAUAGUCAUCACUACCACCAAUUAUUAUUAUUAUUAUUGUUAUUGUUAUUUUAUUAUUAUCAUUAUUAUUAUAUUUAUUAUUGUUAUUAUUAUUAUGUUAUUUCUAAUUUGUUUAUACUUUUUUUUACUAUGUAUUAUAAAAUAUACAGGUUUUAGAAAUAGAACUUCACUGAAGAGCUUGCUACCUCCUUUAACAAACUAUGAUAGGCCUAUUUUCUACAUUAUGCUUAUGUUCUGUAACUUUUUGAGGGUUAGAUUAUGAAAGACAGAUAACCACAUUAUUUAAGGCAUGAAAGAAGUAAAAAAAAAAAAGGUUUCUUUUUCCUUAUUCUUGAAUUAUAAUAAAAAACAGACCUGUACUUCAGCUACAUAAACACAUUAUUUUAGGUAUGAAAGAAAUGUUUUUUUUUUUUUUUGUAAUUCACAGUCUUGAAAAUACUGAUAUGCUGAUAUACAUUCUAGCUUUUGUUAUAACUCCAAGAUUAUCCAUAAAUUUGGUAUUUGUAGAACGUCUUUCAAAAUAAAGCUAAAAGAAGUGCAGUGCCAUGGUAUUUGAAUACUCUUCAUAAUUACAGAAAGAAAUUUUUCAGAAAAAUAAUUUAUUGAGAUUUUGUAAGUAUGUAUAUUCCCCUUUGGAAUCUGAGAAAGAUUUGGGCACAUACAAAAUCUUCCUAAUGUAUGUCAUAUUUUUAUUUUAUUUUCCCUCUCAUUUUGUAUCAUGUGGUGUUUGUGUAUUAUGAAGAAAUAUACCUGUGCAUUUGUAAGUUUUAAAGAAAGAAAAAGUUUAUUCAGUUUUGGGGCAUUACAGUGACACACUUGUAAAUGAUGUCUGAUUAGAGAUUGUUAGUCAUGUAUUUUGAGUUCUGUAUGUACUCCCAUGUGAUUAAAGUGUUUUACUUUAUUUAAGAAUAUGCUUUAUGGAUAUUUCCUUUGUUUACAGUUAGCUUAAAAAUUGCAGUGAUCAUAAAAUGAAACAACCAAAAAGAUAAACAAAUAUCUAGUUUUUAUUUAAAUCUAUUUUGUAAAAAAAAAAAUUCUAAAGUAUGAAUAUUUCAUAUGUCAUAGAAAAAAAAUCUUAGUUAUUGUUAUGUUUGCCAGCAUCAUCUUUUUUUUCAGCAUAAUUAUGAGAAUAAUGAACAAGCUGUAUUGCUUCUUCCAUGUAGAAUCUCUCAGUUUUAUAGAGGAAUCGAAGUAAUUGAGAGUCAUUUUUCAUUCCAUUAUACUAUUUAAGGAAAAAAAUAACAUCCUUCGGUGUCCCAAAUAUUGCUGGGACUUGUUAUAUGGGUCAUUUUUACAGUGAAUAGUUUGGUAAUGCAAUAGAUAGCCAGUUUGUUUUAGUGCCAAAUGUCAUGAUAGCAGCUUUUUUUUUCAUUAACCACUACUCAAACUUAUUCAACUUUCACUCUUCUCUUUGUUUUAUGUGGGGGGGUGGGGACUCGAGUAAUGUAGGAUCCCUUGACUUUAGGAACAGUGAUGUUUAGGAAUCUUAGUGAUGAGAAUAGAUCUUUUAAUUUGUUCUUGUUAAACUACAGCAGAUAUUUGAAUUCUAUCAGAUUUUGCUAAAUUCAUUUAUCUGUUUCAUGAAUAUAGAAGUUAUACAUGUUUUAUUUAAAAGGUUGAUGGGCAACAUAAGUUAAUAGUUCCUUUGUCCCUUUUUUUUUUUUU